GUUUGUUCCCUUUUCGGUUCAGUCACAUGACAUGUGGCAACUUGGCGCUCAGCCGGGAACAACCUAAUUCCGGACAUGACGCCUGGAUGACGAGUUUGCGAAACGGCGCUUCACAUUCAGCAUUUCACCUUCUUCCACCGGGGAAGUAACGGGGGUCAUUCAUUAUACAGCUCCAAAUGUUUUGGCAACAUCUGGAACUUACCUGGCUAUCUUCGGUUUCUUACCCGCCCUCAUGCCUGGGCGCACCAGUCUGCCUCGCGGCCCAGAGGGUACCAUCUACGAGGCGAGCGGAUUCGACGACGAUUUAAGGAUUGAGAUUGAUCCCACAAAGAUCAAGUUUAUCAAAGAGCUGAAAACAUCAGAGGUGUCAUCAAUAUUCCAUGUGAACUAUGAUGGCAUGCCCCGCGUUCUGAAAGUUUUCCACAAUGAUGAAGAUGCUGGGUAUGCUGAUGAUGGGGUCCGUGACUUGAAUCGCGCUCGCUGCGAAAUCCGGGCUUAUUGCAGCCUCAAGCGAUCUGGCAUAUGUGACGGGGGCUAUGUGCCACAGUUUUAUGGAUACACACUAUCCUUGCACCCAACUGCCCUUGCCCCUCAUCUGGAUGCCUUUCAACACGACGCUGGCCUCCCAAGUGCAAUUUUGAUGGAAUACCUGCUGAACCCUUUGAUAAUGAACUGCGUCACUUAUAGCAAAGAGCGAAUGGCCAAGGCAGUCAAAGGCAUUCAACAGAUACAUUCAGCUUUGGUUGAGCACAAUGACCCUUAUCCCAAAAAUAUUAUGAUUGUUCCUGACAACCCGGAAAGAGUUGUGUGGAUAGAUUUUGAUGUUGCAAUCACUUACCCUGAUAGCACCUACAUUGGAGAUAGGGAACGUGGCUGGAUUGAGAUUGAAACUAGGCGGGUUGAGAGUGUUGGAGUGAAACUUGCAGAUGAUCAGAAACAGGGUCUCCCCCCGAAUACAAAAUAUUACUAGGAUGACGGUUCGUCCACACGCGCAUACAGACCGACCCCAAGAGCAUCACACCCUUCCGAUAGUGAGGAACCAGGAAGUAUGUAUCUGUCUAUUGGUCAAGUCUCACGAAGACCAAGCGAUUCGUGUACCAAGCUAUAAAUUUUUCGCAUCCCUCAUCUCUACACUCUUUCCAUUUCAAUUGUACCUACCCAAACGAUCGUAGACCCAGUAGUCGGAAUAGUUUAGGGAGCCGUGGUAUAACAAAAAAUGAGAGCGAGAGAGGAGAGGCAGGAGCUCUGGAAAUUUUUAACACCCUAGCAUGUCACACAAUAUACAACCUCUGUAGUGUUCUAUAGAAGCUGCCAGUCAUCAUCCGCUGCACCCAACAUCCCGAGAUACCAAAGUCCCAUAAGAACGGUCAAACGCCCAGGCCCUCCUGCUUCCCAUGGUAUGGCCCGUGCUACCAACAGGUUGCCAUUCACAUCGAGUCUCUUAAUAGGGACCAAUUCAGUAUCAGUUAGGGCAAAGCCGUACCGCGCAUUGUGCUGUUUCAUGUAGAAGUUGAUCUGUGACAGAACCUGCAAAUACUCCGUGCGAUCUAUCUGCGACUCCGCUGCUGCCCAGUCAGAUCCCCAUUUCCAUGACACCUUUAGGUCUCCUGGACAGCGAUUUGGGGAGGAGUUGAGAGUACUGCCGGCUCGGAAAAAGGCAAUAUCAGGACAGAAGUUGUUGAUAAUUUGAGCUGCAUCACCUAUGUCAACUGUGAUGGGAGUAAGAUGCAGAUUGGCAAGCUGAGGUGCAAGAUGCUGGAAACUACUUCGCAGCGCACGGCGUAGUCGACUUUGAACAUAGGUAGUGAAAUGGACUGCGAACAUCGGCUCAGUGUUUAUAGGCUGUGGAGGAGAGUUCGGCAUUGGUUCAUUCUCAAUUUGCACUUGCUGAAGCAAGGUCCCAUAAAGCUGCAUAAUAUGGGCGUAGGUGAAUUCAGACCAUUGACCAAACGCUGUUGAUCUGCCUCCAACUAUAUUGGUCAUUUGUCGUGUUGGACGUUUUGUUAGUUUCUUCUGUAGGGAGCCCCGGCGGUGCCACCAUCAAAUAGUCCAGAAGUCUCUGAGUGUUGGCCAUUAUCAAUUCUGCUCUCUUAGAAAUAAUGACCAUGGAAAGCGAAACGUCUCCAUCUGUGGAAUAUCACAGCGCUUUAUCAGCCCAGCCAAUGCUGGAAGCGCCGUAAUUACCCCACCUACCUUGAGCUUCGCAAGAUCCGUGCAUAGCCCUCAGCGAAUCGAUAACACUGUCAUCCCUGCACUGACAUGGUAUCUGGCAUUUCCUCCGGCCAAUGGAGUUGGGACACGUGGAUUGUAUUGCGGUGGGUAUGCGGAACUAUUGUGAUUUUUACGUUUACUUUAUCACCAAGCAUGGUCACUCUUUUUUGGGCUGCAAAGUCUGACUCUGUCACCUCCUCAAGUUGCCUAUCUAAAGGUACGUCUCUUCUUGGACAUAUUGAACGCUUCAGCAGAGCUCUCUUCGCUCUCCCGGGUUACCGGAGCACCCGACGCAGCGUUCUGCAAACCAUGUGCCUCUUCCAAUACAGAUGUAAAACUAGAGCCUUGUAUAUCAACGCCUCCAACAGCUUGCGAAAGUCCAGUUCAUUCUGAGAAACUCAGCUCCGAUUGAUGUAAUACUUCAGGCUGCUGUGAUAUUUGUGACGCCUGCGACACCUCAAAAUUUACCUGUGGCAGUUCAUCAAUAGCGGAGCAUAUUUUCUUAAAGUGGGAAGGUGCCCAGUCAUUGUACACACUCAUAGAGAUGGUACAGAGUGGGCGUUAUCUGUCAGACGAGACGGACCCCCUGUUUGUCAAGCGCGCGAGCUGUUUCAUAUAUCAAUAGGAAUCCACGGUGAGACAUAUUAGCAGUGCUCUCUGGAGAAACCGAGCAGAACCAUCAGAGCUGCAAAAGUCCUUUACUCCGCAAGCCCGCCAAUGAAAAAUGUCAUUUUUUGAAGCCGGUUAAUCCGGAAUCCAAAUUUGAUUGUGCUGCUGUAUCAUCACCCAGCUCCCUUCCCUCUCACAUUUCACGAGCCUGAGAGUUACUGGGAGAGUCACGCCGUUCAUACUGUACAUAUGCGUAUUCUGUCCAUCGGUGAGAGACCAAGUGCUGCAUUUUCCACACUUCACUUCGGCCCGGCAUCAAAACUGCCACAUACAAUAAAUCUGUGGAAUACACCAAGGGGCUAUCGGACUUCCCCAAAGUUUGUUUUUGUGAUCCAAACAGGCACGCGAACGCCUUGAUCAUGGCCCACGGUAUGGCAUCGUCACUCUCAAUAUCGGCAGCGCAGCUCACUAUCUGCGCUGUCUUCUAUCUAGACUUUCCCUAUCGAUAUUGAUUUGCUAUCAUUGGCUGAGCAAAAAGAAAUUCACUGGAAUUGCAACAAAGAUAUAUAUAACUGGAUGUAUAGAGAGAGAAUUGAAAACAAUCUGUGGUGCCCCCCCCCCCCGUGGACCGGCUGGCUCGAAGGAUAAAAUCCGUCUACGGUUCCUAACAAUAGUCCUCUGUGCACAAUACAGCGUAAGUCCACCUGCUGGAUGAAUCCUGUAUCUCUCCACUCACAAAAUAGUCGAGCCUAGACGGCCGGCCCCUAGCAGUGCAGCCUGAAAUGACCUUGACCAUCAUAUUCACACAGUAUUUGGCAUUGACUCUGCCCGGCCUGAGCAAGGUGUUGACAACAUUGACUGUGACCGGGACAAAGGGGAUGUGAAAUUUCUUGUAUGAAUUUUUGAACCAGUAUUUGUUUGCAAUGUCCUUCCUCUUCCCAAACUGAUGAUCAUUGUGCUCAUAGCAGAAUUUCCCUGCAACAUCAUACAGGUUCUUUCCCUUAAGAUCAUAGUUCUUGUCAACUUCACAGAUCAGAACUAGCUCAUUAGCUGCUCACUUUUCCCGGCUGCAGAAGUAGCAUCUCAACUUAAGUGAAUCACAGAUAACAAGGUCAUACUCAGUUGCAUUGAUUGAGAGAAUUAUCUUAUUGAUAUCAACUUCAGCUUGUGCAGUGAAGAUAUCUGACUUGAGCAGAGUUCUGAAGAUGAACAUGUUAGAUAAAGAGAGUUAACAAAGAAAAAAAAAAACAAAAAAAGAUAUUAAAGAGAAGAAUGAUAUAUACUUAAACAAUAUAUAAAUGUUAAUAAGUAUCUUAGUAAGAAUAAUCAGAG